CGCAUUUUUCGGAGUGAGUGUUGCACUAGUGUGUUUCAGUUCCAUUUUGUGCUGAUGGGAAAAAAGGUUCCUCAACAGUUGCUGUGACUUUUCUUUGUCUUAAUUGAAGUUAAGUGAAGAGUUGGAAUCCUCCGUGACCAUCAGUACUUCCAAAUUACGUACGAAGAAUCGUUCCAUGUCUAGUCCCGUUUGGAAUUUGUCGAAGGUGAAAAUUUUUCUGUACCCUGCCAAUUUUCAGGAAUCGAUUUGGUGAGCAAUGAAGAAAUUUCGCAUUCGUCAAAUGUCGCAAUCAAUGAUGCCAAAUCCGAAGAAUUCCUCGUGCAUUCUAUAGUGACAGUGCAGGGAAAAAAAGCUGCUGAGCUCUAGUUGAUUGGCAAUCGAACCUUCCGAAAGUUUGAUGAGAGGUCGUACUGAGAAAAGUGACGUCAAAAUAUUGUGAACUGUGAAUGCUUGUGCGGACAGUCUCAACCCACCAUCUUUGGGACAAACUGUUUCCAGUUUUUCGCAGAUGCAGUACGACCAGCUGCUGCUGCUUUGCAACACUCUAACUCAAGGUUUUCAUUCACUACAACCGAUCAGUUGCGCUUUAUUUCUCUUACAUGAGCCCCCCAACUGAAGUCAGCUGAAGCCAGAGGUAUCGCGCUAAAUCAAGCGAGAGAUAGCUGCUGAAGCAACCAACAGCAUAGCUGAGCAUUUCCUCCCAUCGUCAAAAUUACAUAAGUAUGGGUACUGAGAUUGCCAAGAAGAAGACAAAAGCAUUGACGGAGUUGUAGACAAAACAAAAACAUCGAAACUCAGAAACGGCCAAAAGUUGCUGGAAGAAGUUUCUUGCUGGCAUGUCCAAUUGACAGUAAUACAGCAAUAACAAAGCACGAGGGACACAUACACUCAAAAGUGCAGAUGAAAUUUAACUAGCAACAGCAGCAGAAAAUCCGUUAAGACGUCUAUUCGCGACACGGAAGCUUGUCAGGGCAGUAGCAAAGCCAUUGAAGGGAGCGGUGCCAGUGCGAGGGGGCUUUGCAGGCUAGUGACAUCGGCUUCGGGAUCGGCAGAAAGUAAACGUCCACCACCGACCGGCAAAAUGGCAUCCAGCUGCUGCGGGACGAAGAAGCAGAAGCUCAACGGGAACUAUUCGAAUGCCAAUGGGCACUGUUCGGGUGAAGGAAGCCGCGGAAGCAGCGGGAAUGGACCGAUGGUUAACGGUCACAACGGCUACCUCACCAAUGGGCACACGAACGAUGCACAGCAAUCGAUGGCUAACUCAAUGCCGGAGAUGUGCUUCUACUGCUUCGAGGUGCUCUAUAGGGAGUUGUACAAUUUAGAGGAACCUCGUAUGCCGUCCUUCACCAAUGAUCCUUAUCCAUUAUUUGUUACUUGGAAAAUCGGGAAGGACAAGCGCUUGCGUGGAUGUAUCGGAACGUUCAGUGCAAUGCGUUUACACUCAGGUCUUCGAGAAUACGCAAUAACAAGUGCUUUAAAGGACUCACGCUUCUCACCAAUCACGCGAGAUGAGAUCCAAAGACUGACCGUUUCGGUGUCAAUCCUUCAAGGCUUCGAGGAGGCACGCGGGUAUCUCGACUGGACCCUCGGCGUGCAUGGUAUUCGGAUAGAGUUCUACAAUGAACGGGGCUCCAAACGAACUGCCACUUACCUACCGCAAGUUGCCACAGAGCAAGGAUGGGACCAAACGCAAACGAUCGACUCUCUUCUACGUAAGGGUGGUUAUCGCGCUUCAAUCACCCCAGAAAUGCGUCGUUCGAUCAAGCUAACGCGCUAUACGUCGCAAGAGUGCCAUAUGACGUAUGGCGAGUACCGCGACCAACUAGAGAGACAAUCGCAGUACAACCAGCCUGGUAAAGUGCAAUGCUAACAACACGUGUUUUAUCUGUCUCCUCCACAACCACCACCACCACCACCGUCUCUGCAACUAACUCAGCAGUAUCAACACCAGCAGCAGCGACACCAGCAACGACAACAGCUACAACACUACCAGCCAUUGCAAAAUCUGCAGCCGUCGCCUAUGUGUCACCACCCGGUUUGGAACGGCAACGGUCAUGUAUUGCCGCCGGAACACGCUGUUGGUGUAUCGUUCUCCUCUUCCUCGUCGUCCUCCUCGUCCUCGCCAUCGCUCUCCUCGUACUCACCGCCAGGGAUGAUUCCGCUCUAUCCCUACCAGCAGCAACCUUCGACAUCACUAGCCGGUCAACAGCCACCACCACCACUACCACAACCACAACCACCUCCUCCCUACCAUCAGUUCCAUCAAUCAUCACAGCAGCAUAAUCCCGUACCACUAUUCCUACCGCCACCCCCGCCACGGUCCCGCUAUUUCCACUAGAACUGCACCGCCUACCAGCCGGCAGAAAAAAAACGUUGUGAUUCAGGCAGAUAAAAUCUUAUACUAAUGAUAUACCAGCUCUAAUACACGAAAUAGUAGUUUUAUUAGCGCCAUACGAAAGGCGACAGGUUUUUUUUUUAAAUUUUCGGUUACCUUGCCACUAUCGGACUGUGGUUCUUAUUGACGAACAUGCCAAAAAGUACACAGUGAAACAGGCAGAAAACUAUGGGAUGACCUAAGGAUUUUGCCACAGAUUCAAACAAAAGCAAACAAGCGGUAACUAGAUGUUCAUUAAAAAUAAUUACUAACUGUAGUGUUAACAAUGUAUAUUGCGAUGAAACAAAAAUAAGAAAAAAAAGAUAUUUUAAGAAAUCUAAUAUUGAAAUAAUGCGAAGAGAGAACAAAUUUCGGAUUCAAAACGAUAGCUCUAGCAUGCCUAGAAUACACAACAAACAAAAAAAAACAAUUAAAUCUUUAAAAUUACAACAAAAAUUGGAUUUGCCUUCAAAUCUUUGAUGAAACAAAAAAAAAUGCAUUGCGGAUCCUCCUUAAUUUUUAAGUGAUAACGAAUCAAUAAUCAAUGAGUCAUUUAGUUCCGUUAAAAUUUGCAUUGCCAACUAUUGCAAUACCAUCAACAUUUAAGGCUUCUAAAGCGUUGGAAAAAAAACCGUGCGAACGUUGAAGACUGCGAAGGUGCCCCUGUGGCUAUUAAAGAAGUGUUCCUAUGCGGUUUUUUUUUUCAUUUUCUACACCAUCAGAAAGUUGUGUCGUUAAAUACGUGAAUCAUUUUAACAUUAGGUCAAAGUUUGCUUUCGCAUAAUUCACAAAUGACUGGAGUUUGCUUCUUCUAACUCUAGGUGGCGUCCCUUUCGCGGCGCGUUUUCGAAUCUAUUCUCCUCAGUUGUACCCAACGAAAGCAAGGUCUGCUUCGCAUUCGACGCCCGUAUCCAAGUUUCUACAUUGAGCUUCGCCAAAGACAUCAUAUUAACAAGAUAUCCAGCUCUCACAUUUCCCGAACAAAUCUUUGGCAACAUCCUUUUUUGCGAGCAUGGCGCCCUCAGGCGAGUCCGCAUCGAAUCUCGUGCAUAGAAGUAGGGGAGAGAAAUGGCAAAUUCGUACGCGCCAAAAUAACAGCACUGCGCACCCAUACAAUUGACAUGACAUGUUGAAUGAGACGCCGUGCGAUGGCGUUGCUGAACUGAAGAUUGAUUUCGCUCCAAGCUGACAGGGUCCGGCUUCGCAUAGCUUCUCUCUUUAGUUUUUGGAACACUUCCAGGUCACUGACCUAACGUAACGUAAGUUUUUCAAAAGCCAAGUCAGAGUACUAGAACAGAACUUGCUUAGAUCAGCACCUUAUAUUCUGAACCACCGAUCUAGAGAAACAGAUUAGAAAAAAAGACUAACGAAUGCUAUUUUAGAGAAUUUCUUUUCUGGUAUUCUUGCUACAUGUCCAGCCCACUGAACUUUUUGGUCAGCAUGUUUGUAUACCACUAUAUGGCUAUAUUUUAAUUUUCGUUUAUAGUCCAACUGAUUCUCUUCUGAGUCAUCGAGCCGCCAUAGCAUGGUUUUUUUUCUUCUCUAUACUCGAAUUAGCAUCGCAUUAACAUUCAUGUGCUUAUUCGUUGAGAAUUUAACCGGAAGUUACUAUGGAGUAGUUUCGACCAGAUAUAUAUGUGAAAAAUUCAAAUGUGAAAAAUUCAAAUGCCUUCAGACUGGCUAAACAUGUCUUUGAACUCGAAAAACUCGUAUGCGGCAUUUAGUUCUCUUUAAAGUUAGAUGCACCGAAUCAGUUUUAAACCCAAAUUUAAAAGUGUAAAUUACGACAAAUGUCUGCAAGAAAUAAACACGCUUUUCAACAGUCUGUUGGUACAAAACAUGAAAAGGUUUUAUGCCUGAUGGAGAAGGAGAAAUAGAAUAGCAGCUCCACUGAGCUUUUUUCCUUGCUCCUAAAUAAAUAAAUAAAUAAAUAAAUUAACAGUCUGCAACAAAAACAUGUCUGCAGCUCGUUUAACCAUUAAAUGCGCGAUGUUUUAAUUCAAGAAUGUUUCAAAUUUGAUAUUUAAGCGCUUCAUCUAUUUAAAUCUGAAAAUUAUAAAAAAACCUGGCAACCCUAGCAGCGUUUCACCUGUGUUUCAAAUAAAGAAGAAAUCGACGUGAAUAUUUCAUAAGGUUACAUAAACGAAUGAGAGAUUCUCUUUCUUUACUUUCUCUGCUGUUAAUAACUCCUUAAUAGGGCUGAAUGACCCUAGUGGUUAAAGGCCAAAUAAAUAAAUAAAUAAAUAAACUCCUUAAUUUUCACGUUUACCUUUUGUAACUGUUACUGUUUGUUUUGUUACAUAUCUGAUAUGUAACGGGAAAUUACAAAAUACGGAUUAAUGGGGGUAUGUUUGUUCCAGUUUCAGUUCUAUUAUAGAUCUUCUUGCUACGGAAUUUGCUCUAAGGAAAAAAAACGAAUUAAGCAGUUGGGAAUUUUAUAUGAAACGUCGCUGGGGCUGUCAGUUUUUCUUGUUUUAAUUUCCAGUUUUCAAUAUUAAAACUGACAUAAAUUAUGCAUCUAGAACUGGAACGCUCCAUUCUGCAGGUUCACAGAAUUUCAAACUUCCGUCGACGUUGACGGGACUUCGCAGGUAGUUUAAAUUAGUUUAAAGCUUUCAUUAUUGAAACGUAUACACGUUCCGAACGUAAAUACGUUCAGUGAGGUGCUAUGUCAAUGUGUUAAUAAGUGUUACAAACAGCUCCUUUCCAUUGUCAUUCUUUACCGGUAACGGUCACCUCGUCUCUAUUUUAAAGAACCAUAGUUCUUUCACUCGUGGUUACGAACCGGUUCAAUUGAAUGUCGUAUUCGCUUGAGCAAACUGAAACUGACCCAGGGUAGUUUCAUCAAACAAACACUUUUCACGAAACUGUUUUGGUUUCGCAUUUAGCAACGGGGGUUCGAGCAAACCUGAUAUAAAACCCAGGUUUGAAACUGACUCGAUUUUCAAUUCAACAAAGUUGAAACUAGGUUCGAAACUAGCCUGAAACAAACGGUUUGAUAGCAUUUAGAGUGGAAACUGGGUUAGGUUUAGCAUCAAGCGAAAACGACAUUAAUAACAUUGAAACUAGAUUCGAAACUGAUUUCAAACAAACGGUUUGACAGCAAUUCGGGUGGAAACCGGAUUAUGUCAAGUGAAAACGGCAACAAAGAAUUGUUUUGGGAAAAGCUUACUUUGAUUGAUUGCAUGUUUGCAUGUUCAAUGCAAAACAAACAUCAGUUUUCAAGCCAACAGAUGUCAAAUCGUUUGUUCGUUUGAAAUUAGAAGCUAAAAAAUUGACUUGUUUCGGAUGUUGAUAAUAAAAAACUAAGACAGACAAUUUCUUUUGAUAAGUUUCCAAUGGCUAAUUUAAGCUUACUUGCAAAAAAUUCUACGCCUUAGCAAGCGAUCUUCCGGCUGUUAAUCGGAACAUUCGCCAUGGUGGACGAAAACAUGCGUGUAGGCAUGUUUUUGAGUUCUUUCUUCGUUUCAUUUAACCAAAUCCUCCUCAGUUUUCGCGACAAAAUUGUUGACGUAGAUCUUACGCUUCAGAUUGGCCCAGAAAUUCUCGAUGGGAUCGGUUCGCCGACAUGGGUAUCACAUCGAUAUUCAACUGCGUUAUCUCCUCCAACGAUCGACGGCCGGCGCCAGAUCCGGCCAGAAAGCCGCAUCUUCGCCCGUAUGGCAUUUCUUUAUGAUCGAUGCAACUGCAGGCAGGCAUUUCGUACUAUAUAUUUUCCUGUUCACGGUCAGUUCGGAGCGAAAGUAGAGCGGCUUCGACAUCCCCUUCUCGCUGAUUGUCAGCCAUAGAAGCACCUUCUUAGGGAAAUUGGUUAGUGAAAUGAACUUCACCUCGGAGCUUACUUCCUUCAUGGGGAAAGCUUAAUACGAAGUGCCCUGCCAGUCGUUGCCAUCGAGGGUGGUCUUGUUGUCCAUCACCACCGUCCCGUCGCGAUUCGCUGGGAAAAUCAAGUUUACCACCUUAACUCCGAAACCAGUGAACGCGACUUCCGCUUCCUGACAUUUAUGUUCAUGUUCGUCAGGUACUUUUUCACUGUUGCACUGUUGCACCGACCUUCCGGCCAAGUGAACGCAACGAUGUAGCCACUUUUCUCUCGAUCUUCCUCUUUGGAACUUGUCGCUCAGGUUCGACUGAUAGAGCUAUCAACUUUUGUCUGCUGACUCAUGGGUUACUUUGAUAGAUGCCGCAUGGAUAGUUUCGUCAGUGUGGGUGAAGAUAAAUCCAAUAAAAAUCGGCCAACUUUUUGUCAAUUUUUUUUCAAAUGCAAACGUUAUGUCACUUUCGCUUCUGAAAACUGAAACUGACCCAGGGUAGUUUCAUCAGUUCAAAAACGUUCAAACAAGGUUCGAAAUUAAGGUUAGGUUUGGCAUAAAAAAAAACGAUAUUAGUUGAAGCAAACCCCAACCUAGUUUCCACCCCAACUACUGUCAAAUGUUUGAUAGCAUUUGGUGUUGGAACUGGAUUAAUUUUGAUUUCAAGUUAAAAGUUAGUAAAAGUAUAGAAUAUUUAAUUUCAAUCCGAUUGAUUUACAUCCGCAUAGGAACAACUUCUCCCCACGCGCUCAGUACUGAGUACCUUCAGUGGAUCGCACUUUAGAAGAAAAAACAACAACAACAACGCUGUACCGUGCUGUACUUAACGAGUCAAUAACCGAUAGUAAUCCGGACAUCGAAUCAGCAUUUUACUAUUUGCCAAAAUCCAACGAUUACAGUGAAACAUUCUAGCAUUGAAGACAUUGUACGAGGCCAUCUGAACGAACUGGCAGUUCGGAGUCGAGCUCUGUUACGAUAUGAGUUCCACCAAGGGAAUCAUGGCCGAACGAACAGUAUUCAACAGUUGCACUGCCAAACCGUUUCACGAAAUGCCUCUUUGGCUACCCUGGCUCACACUCAAGACUCAUGAAUGCAUGAUUUCCGUGUCUGAAACGCACACAAAAAUGAUCCAGUUCGUUUUCUGUGAGGUAUUUUAAAUUCGGAAUUAACUAUUUUUAUUCGAUCGGUAUCGUGCAGUUUCAAUUUACCUGAAAGUUCACUUGGGAAAUCUGAUCAAGCCCGUUUAUGAGCAAAAACAAAAAAAAAUUAGAUGGCGCGCAUUGGUCCGAUUUCCCCAUCGAAUACGGAUACUGAAUGCUCACCAUGUUACGGGCAUUUGACGUAGUGCAAGAGCCGAAACAAAACAAAAUCUCAUAGCUAGCUAGACAUCCGGAAAUAAUGCUUUAAUUAAAACUGUUCAACCACGAAUAAUAAUCGUAAAAAAACAAAGGAUUAAAUAUAACUAACAAAAAUCGAGUAGAUUUUAAUCGUAUAAGAAGGGGCAAAUUUAUAUAACGUGAGAAAAUAUUAAAAAAAAACUAGAAUUUUACUACAGACCGCCCGGGCGAUCGAGUUCAAAGGCCAGCCGUUUUAUGCCGUAUAUAGUGUUAUUUCCGAUUCGACCCAGUUCAAAUCAUUCUUCGUUCUCGGUGAUAUGCUUUCGUUCGUUUGCGCAAGUUCGAGAACGGUUAGUUACACAAUUAACGAAAAAACUAUGUCGGAAUCGUUUAUUUUUUUUUCGUCUGAGGGAAGUCAAAUUCCCCUUCGAUAGCCUUUGUUUUAAUUAAUAGCGUUUAGUAGCCGCAAUUUAGGUAUUUCGAUCGUAAAGAGUCGUGUUAGUUCUGUGAAAUAGUUCAUUUGAAAGUUUUGUUUUCGGUAUCCUACAGAAAAAAAAACGAACCGUUAAUUACAUGUUUCAUAUCACAGAGCGAAAAAAUAUAUUUACCCUAAACUCGUGCAAAAGAUGUUCAAUGAA